AUGGAGUGGGAUGGGGUGGGGGCGGGGGGGGUUGUAGGGGGUGGGGGGGGGGUGGGAGUGGGGUGGGUGGGUUGUGGCGGGGGGGGGGUGGGGGGUUGUGUGGUUGGGGGGUGGGGGGGAGGGGGGGGUGGUGGGGGGUGGGGGGGGGUGUGGUGGGGGGAGGGGGGUGGGGGGGUGGGUGGAAUGGGGGGGUGGGGACAGGGGGGUGGGGGUGGGGGGGGGGGGUGGUGGGUGAGUGUGGGGGUGGGGUGGGAGGUUGGGGUGUGGGGGGAUGGAUUGGGGUGGGAGGGGUGGGAGGGUUGGGGUUGUAGGGGGGGGGGGGGUGGUGGGGGGGGUGCGCGGGAUGGGUUUGGGUGGUGGGGUGCUUGGGUGGAUUUGGGGUGGGGGGAGGGUUUGUGGCGGGGUGUUGGGAGGGUGGGGGUGGGGGUGCGGAGUGGGGGGGGGUCGGGGUGGUGCUUGUGUGUGGGGGUGGGGGGUGUUGUGUGGAUAGGGAGUGGGGGAAGGGAUGGGGAGGUGGCGCGCGUUGGGGGGGGGGGGGGUGAGAGGGGGGGGUGGGUGGGGGGGAGGGGGGGGGGGUGGGGGUUGGGGGGGGCGGGGGGUGUGGUGGGGGGGGUGGGGGUGGGGGUCGGGGGGGGGGGCGGGUCUGUGUGGGCGGGUGGGUGGGUGCGGUGCGGCGGGGGGAGGUGUGGUGGUUUGCUGUGGGGGGGUGUUGGGUGGGGGUGGUGGAUGGGGGUGUGUGUGAGGGUUGAUGGAGGUGUGGUGGAUGGAGGUGGGGGCUCGUCGGGGGGAGGGGGGGGUGGGGAGGCGGUGGGGGGUGUGGGGGAUUGGGGGUGGAGGUGCAUGAGGGUGGGGGGUUGGGUGGCGUGGUUCUUGGGUGGGGGGGGGGGGGUGGUGGCGGGGGGGGGGGGGGUGGGGUGGGGGGUUUUUUGGUGGGAGGGGGGGGGUUCUAUGGGGGUGGGGCGGCGGGGCGGGAGGGGUUUUGAGAGGGGGUUUGUGGGGGGCGGUGUUGCUGGGGGGGGGAGUGGCUUGGGUGGUGCCCGUCUGGGGGGUGGGGGGUGUGUGGGUUGGGGUGGGGGGGAGGGAGAGGGUGGUGGGGUUAGGUGGGGGGGGGGUUGGGGGUUGGGUGAGGGGGGGUGGGGUGGUGGGUGGGGUUGGGAGGUGGUGGGGGGGGUGGGGACAUCGGUGGUUGGAUGGGAGGCGGGGGGCGGGCGGGUGGGCGGCGGGGGGGGGGUGGGGAUGGGGCGGGGGGGGGGGGGGGGAAGUGGGGGGGGUGGUUGGGGUGGGGGUGGGGGGAGGGGAUGGGGUGCGGGUGUGUCGGUUGAAGGUGUGGUGGGUUGGUGGGAGGUGGGUGGGGUGGGUGGCAUGGCGGUGUGGGGGCUGGGGGGUGGGUGUGGGGGGUGUGUGGGGUUUGUGGGGUGGGGGAGGGGGGGGUGGGGAGGGUGGGUGGUGGGGGCGGAGGUGGUGGGGCGGGGGGGGGGGAAUGGUGUGGGGGGGGUGGGAGGGUGGGAUGGGGGGGAGGGGGUUGGGUGGGGGGGUGGUGGUGGUGUGGGGGUGAGGGUUGGGAGGGGGAGGGAGGGGUGGGGGGGGGGGCUGGUGGGGGGUGGGGGGGAGGGGGGUGUGGUGGGAUGGGAUGGGAGGAGGACGGGGCGGGAGGGUUGGUUGGGGUGGGGUGGGGUGAGGGGGGUGCGCUAA